ACACAGAGAUGCAGCUAGAGUACAACAAAACCAAAAGCUUCGCAUUGAAAUAGUUUUCACGAGGGUAUAUAAAAAGAUUGUAUAUCUUUCAGUUAACAACAAACUAUAGACGAUCAAAGAAAAGAAAUGUGGAACAAAAGCAUGGAAAUUACUAUGGAAGAUGAAGGUUCUAGAAGGACGAGGAAGAAGAUAGAACAUCCCAAGAAGAUGAAGAAUAUUCUAAAGAGUCUAUGGAAUGUCGGAAAAGAAGAUACGAGGAGACUGAAACAUGCUUUGAAAGUAGGAGUUUCAUUAACACUUGUGUCCUUGUUGUAUCUCAUGGAACCUUUCUUCAAAGGUAUCGGCAAAAAUGCAAUUUGGGCAGUCAUGACUGUCGUUGUCGUUCUCGAGUUCUCUGCCGGUGCGACAUUACGCAAGGGAUUAAAUAGAGGAAUAGGGACACUAAUAGCAGGAUCUCUAGCAUAUCUUAUUGAGUUUGUUGCUGUUAAUUCGGGUAAAAUUUUCGGAGGCAUCUUCAUUGGCGCUGCUGUAUUCAUCAUCGGAUCAACGAUAACGUAUAUGAGAUUUGUUCCAUACGUAAAGAAAAACUACGAUUACGGUAUGCUGGUAUUUCUUUUGACGUUUAAUCUUAUCACAGUAUCGAGUUACAGAAUCGAUACUGUGAUUAAAAUCGCACACCAGAGAUUAUUAACCAUUGCUAUGGGUAUUGGCAUUUGCCUUUUCAUGAGCCUUUUGGUUUUUCCAAUAUGGUCUGGCGAUGACCUUCACAUGUCCACCGUUACUAAGUUCCAAGGCCUCUCACGCUCUAUUGAAGCCUGUGUAAAGAAGUAUUUCGAGGAGAAGGAGAGAGACAAAGAAGAUUCAGAUUCUGAAUCUGAUGAUGAUGACGUAAUCUACAAAGGAUAUAAGACUGUUUUGGAUUCUAAAUCCUCUGAUGAAGCACUAGCGAUGUAUGCAAGUUGGGAGCCGAGACAUACACUGCGUUGUAAUAAAUUUCCAUCUCAACAAUACACCAAAAUUGGAUCUGUUCUUCGCAAGUUUGGUCACACUGUUGUUGCUCUUCACGGAUGCUUACAAACGGAGAUUCAGACUCCUAGGUCUAUUCGUACUCUCUUCAAAGAUCCUUGUGUUAGACUAGCCGGAGAAAUCUGCAAAGUUUUAUCGGAACUCUCUGAAAGCAUUCUAAACAAACGUCACUGCUCGCCGGAGAUUCUCUCCGACAAUCUAGAAGUAGCGUUAAAAGAUCUCAACGCAGCAAUAAAGUCACAACCUAAGCUCUUCUUGGGGUCUAACCUUCACAGUGACAUCACCAACAAACACCUAAACCGCAAUGUUUCAUAUUACAACGACAGUAAUAACGUCGACGGCAAUGUUUUGAGUCAGACAACGCCACAAAACGUCACCGUAUCGCAAGCUCGGUUUAACAGCACUGUUUCGCUCUCUAGUUUUAUGGGUCAGACGUCACACCGGAAGUCGGUGAAUAAACCGGGACCGGUUGGAGAGAAGAGGAGAUUUAGAAAACAGUUGAGUAAAGCCGCGGUUAUGAAAAGUUUGGAGUUUUCGGAGGCGUUACCGUUUGCUGCCUUUGCGUCUCUUCUUGUGGAGAUGGUGGCAAGGCUUGGUACUGUGAUUGAUGAGGUGGAGGAGCUGGGAAGCAUCUCCUGCUUCAAGGAGUAUGAUAAGAUUGUUGAUCGGACGGAUGUGGAAGUGCGAAUUGAGAAACCGGUGGAUCUAGUGGUUGGAGAUUGAACCGACCGGUAAAGUUCGGCUUGGUUUGUACAAUUUUCUAUGUGACUCGAUUCUCUUUUUGUGAUGAAUAAUGGAUAUUGAUUUCGUGUUUCUUAUUUUUCUCGGCAUUUUGUAACACGAGUUUGUAAUUUCUGAGGCUUUACUUAUACAAAAAAAGACAUGUUUGCCUU